AUGAAAACCUCCGCACUCGCAUUUGGUGCCAUCCUCGGCCUGGCUUCAGCCCAGAAUGCCACCGUUAACAACUACUGUGACACCACGGUGUACGUGCAAUCGUUCCCGUUCGAUGGCAGUGACCCUGGUCCUCUCACUACCGUUCCCAAUGGAGGAUUCUUCACCGAGGCGUUCAGAACAUCUGGCUCGACUGUCAAAAUCGCCACGACCAAGACCUUGGAUACACCUCUCUUCUUUGGUUAUUCGUUCUCCACAAACCCGGACUACGUAUACUAUCAGCUGAGCACGGAGUGGGGUAACCCCUUCGCAGCGGACGCCAACUCUCUCGCUGCCGGGGAAGGCUGCGACGCCUUUGACUGUGCGGCUAAUGAUGCCAGCUGCUACAGCACCACAGAUGACCCGAAGGAUUACGGGUGCCCCGCGCCUGUUGAACUUACUGCGGACUUGUGUCAGUAA